UCUUUCGGUUGUAGCCAUCAGUCCUCCGCUGCUGCCUCCUCCAGUAGCAGCAGCAGCAGCAGCUCCAGUCCCCUCUUUACGCAGCAGCCGCGCGCUGAACAGACCUGGACAUAUCCAAACUUUGACUUCCAGCGCGUGUCUCUCUUGCCUGCUUGCUCGACCUGCUGCUCUUCUCCUCCCCGCCCCGCUCUCCCCGCUGAGCUCCGCAUGAACAGCUCCAUUGGCAGCGGACGCAUGGAGAUCUAAUUUUGCGCUCAAGUCUGGUGGAGGUUGUUGUUGUUGGGCUGUUAUUGUUGUUUUGCUGUUCCCUUGGUUGUAUGGUCUGCUCAUGCGUCGGGAAUGCCAUGGCCACUCCGAGCGCACAGCAGCAGCACCAGGAUUAUUUCAGAUCGGUUAGUAGCGAGUCCACCACCUACAUGAUGGUCCCGGCCGGCGGGCCGAGCGGGACGAGGCGCCGGGAAACGCCUUCCAAGAUGUGGGUGGCGAUGGUGGUCAUAGUUGUGGUGGUGCUGCAGAUAGCCUCCACCACGGGGCUCUUCCUCUACCUGAACAUGUCCAUAUCGCAGGUGCGUAGCCAGGGGGUCACAGAGGAGCUGAAGUGCCUGAGUUUACUGAAUGCUCUGGAUAAGGACCAGGACAUCCCCGACCAGCUGGCCCAGCUCUUCGGGGAGCCCUGCAUCAAACUGGCCGAAGGCAUCAAAGCAUACAUCUCCAAGGUGACAGAGAACAUCAUUUCUAAACAAACCUUCAUAGAGGCGAGAACCAUGCCUCGCUCUUUCAACAACUCAGGGUCAAAGUUCAUGACCUCGGUGGCCCAGAGGCCAUCUGCUCACUUGACCCUCAGAGACACCAGCUCUCAAGGGUUCCCUCCCUACCUGACGCCAGGUCUCCACCAAUCCUGUCGCCAUGUGGUCCGCACAUGGGCCAACCAGAGCUUUGGAGCUCACCUGCACAACAUGACCCUGUCCAAUGGGAAACUCCGGGUGCCUCAGGAUGGGCGGUACUACCUGUACUCACAGGUGUAUUUUCGUUAUCCGUCCCCAGCAGCCAGUGACGGAGACCAGCGCAGCGUCAGCCACCAGCUGGUGCAGUGCGUGUACAAGAAAACCUCCUACCCCAGCCCCAUACAGCUGCUGAAGGGGGUAGGGACAAAGUGCUGGGCUCCGGACGCCGAGUACGCCCUGCACUCCGUCUACCAGGGAGGACUGUUUGAGCUGAGGGCCGGCGACGAGCUCUUCGUCUCCGUCUCGUCCCCGACCAUGGUCAACGCGGACGACUCCUCCAGCUACUUUGGUGCCUUCCGCCUGGACCUCUGAGCGUAAAGGAUGGAAGAAGAAAGAAAGGAACAGAUGAAUAAAUGGGUGGGCUGGAGACCAUAAGUUAGGGCCCUUCUGAAUUUCCGUUGAUUGAAAGAAAAAAAAUUAGUCAGAGCUGUAGGCUGUUGGCCUGGAUCUUGGAUCCUCAAAGUUUGCUUGGAUGGAUAGAUACACUGACGGAUGGAACCGCUGAGAGAUAUACAAAGACACAUGUGCAAUCACGCAAAAAAUAAAUGUGAGGAUAUCUAUUCUCUGUUGAUUCAUGGGAAUAGCAAAGUGCCUUUUGGAUGUAAAAGUAGUUAACCACAGAAAAACAUGUAACACCUUCCUGUCAGAUGAGAAUUGCCCAUAGAAUUAGGCCACCCUGCACCCACAAAUACCACAUGAAUCGCAGUAUAUUUCGAACAACAGCAGCCUUUUUGUGGGAUUUGGAUUCAAGACCGAAGAAUGUAGACAAUAAAAACUCAAAUCCUCUGCAUCCAAGAUGUGAGGAAGGACUGUGGAAUGGUAGCAGAAGAAAGUCAAAUGAUCAAACCAAAGCAAAAGAAAUUUGUGGAAUAAUUUUUUUUUAAAGCGUGCCAUGAGAGUACUGUACAUAUGAAUGGCUGAGAAUGAGAUUUAGACAAUGAACUGUGGUGAUUUUAGAAAAAUAACUCACAUGUAUUUUACUUUGCCUGGACUUAAAACCACUUGGAUUUUGCUGAGGACUAUCUACAACACUAGAUCUGUGGAUUUUAUGCAAAGACAUUUUUAGGAUGAUAAGGAUUGUUUCUUUGUACUGGAUUCAGUAAUAUGACUGGGAGACUGUGAGAAACAUAUAGUGCCUUUUUGAACAAAUGACGUUGCAAGGAAGAAUGAAAACAGAGAGGAAGAGGCAGAACUCUUGUAAAAGGCCAAUAAGAAUGAGCUCAUGCAGCAGAAGAUAAAAGGAAAGAGAGAGAACGAGGCUGGUAUGCAGCCCGACCAGUCUGUGUUGUUGAUGAUUCCUUUGCAAUCUCUUUUUCUUUUCCUGUAAAGAAUUUUAAAAAUCUUGUCUACCCUGU